AUGAAUACAAUUAAUGAUGGUAUUAAAGAUCGACGUGAUACAGAAUUAACUUUCUUAAAGAAAGUUAAUGAAGAAUAUGCAUUACGUUUAACACCAAAUGGAAGUGGACAAGGUAAUUUACUAUGUUAUACUAAUAAUAUCAAUUUAUUUGUAUUCUUAUGUGAUGUACAACAUGCACCUAAUAAAAUUAUCAAUACUAAUGUUAAAGUUAUUUUACCAAAACAUUUACCACCUAAAAGAUCAAUCAUUAUUAAAGGUGUACCAAAUUCACUUUGUACUGAGGAUAUUAAAAAUAUUCUUGCACAAAAGUUCACAACGAUUUAUAUAAUUGAUGAAAUUCUAGGUACAAAUAAUGGUAUAAUAUGUAUGGAAGGACAAUGUUUACAUGUUGUUGAAUAUCUUGCUGCUCCACGUGUGCUCUUCUGCUCUAAAAGAUGCGGUGGUGAUAGAAAUGUUGGUCAACAUAAUGAAUGUGAAAUUAGAUGCCAUAAUUGUAAAGAAGAACAUUUAUCAACUGAUUAUAAAUGUGUUGCUGUACAAUGUUAUCGUCGUGAUCUUAUUCAACAUAUUCAACAACAUCCCGAAUCAUUACCAAAUGAUACUCAAUUAUUUAUUCCUUCUCAAUAUCGACGUCAAGGUGAUAAAACAAUUAGUAAUCGAAAUGAAUGGCCACUAUUACCACCACCAACUAGAUCAACAAUUUCUUUUUCGAAAUAUUCAACUACAUGUCCAUCAGACAUAAUGAAUAAUUUUAAACUACUACUAAACCAAACCGAACUCAAUUGUGCUUUAGCUAAAGAAGAAUAUGAUAGAAAAAAUAUGGAAAUUAAAUCACAAAUAUCAUUAAGCAUUAAUCAAAUUCAAUCCUUAAUUACUUGCUGCUCAUCUGUUAUACAAAAACAAAAUGAAGCAAUAGCUGUUUUAAAGAAUGCAAUUUAUGAAUGUUUAGAAUUUAAUCGUGUAACUAAUCAAGCUUUAUGUUUUAUUAUGGAUAAAUCUGGUGAUCAACAUUAUGUUGAAAUAUCAAAACAAUUAUCAUCUAUUCCAUUUGCUGAAAGACAAUCAUCCAUUAACAAAUUAUUCUCCACUUAUGCACCAAUUUUAGAUGAAUUUACAAUGAAACUACUAGAAGUUACGCAACAUUUACAUGUAAAUAUCAACAAUGAAACAAUACCGGAACGAACUCUUAUUGGUGCUGUUUAUGUACCACCCGGAAAAUCACCACCUCUUCAUCUAUUCUCAAAAUGUAGAAAUAAACCAUUUUUUAUAUUCGGUGAUUUUAAUGCUAAACAUAGUAGUUGGGAUUGUGACAUAAACAAUGAUAGUGGAAAUCAAAUAGCUUCGUGGUUAGAACAAACAGGAAAUUCUAUGAUUUUACCUAAUAAAUCUACAUCACGUAGAUCAAAUUCAAUAAUUGAUUUUGGGUUAACUCAAGAUGCUUCCGGUUGGAUAACCGAAGUUUUAGAUGAAGGUACCUCCGAUCAUUACCCCAUUCUUAUUCAAUCACCAUUAUUCGUUGAAAAUUCAAACAAAUUCAGAUGUACUAACUGGAGUAUUUUUUCUUAUUUUUUACGUUUGGUACAUCAGUAUUGGUUAUCAUUGGUAUAUAACUAUGAUGAACAAUAUUUCUUCUCAUAUUUUAAUAAUUUUCUUUCUAGUCUUUUGGAUAGAAGUAGUAUCUAUAAAUCAGCUAGAACUUAUCGUCUCCCGUGGCCACCAUAUUUAGUCUUGCUUGCUCGGCAAGUGAACGGAAGAAGAAGAACAUACCGUAGAAAUAAAACAAUAAUCCAUCUAAUACAUUUUCUACGAUUAAAAGAGUUAUUUCUUGAAGAAAGAUCAAAAAUUUUAAAACAAAAAUUCGAAAAUAAAUUUGAAUGGAUAAAAAAAGAUAAUAAUAUAUGGAAAUUCACUCGCCCUAUUUUUCAUGCGUUUACUCCUCCAUUCCGUGGAAUAACAACAAAUGAUGAAAAGAUAAAACAACCUAAAAAAAUAGUAGACCUACUAGCCGAUCAUUAUGAAAAACAUUUUGAUGAACCUGAACCAGAUAAUAAUAAUCUCUUUCAUUGUGAAUAUCUAUCCAUUUAUGAUAAAAUUAGUCGAGCACCAACUCUACCAUCAUCAUCAUCAUCAUCAUGUCCCAUAGGCUUAGCGCCCGUUGGGGCUAACCACUUACGAGAUCAGAUUUUUCCACGCCUGUCGGUCUUGCGCAAGAUGAAAUAG